AUGUCGUCUUUCUCCAACACCGACACUGGUAACAAGACUGCCGAUCCAUAUACAGCUGUUAACAAAGAUGAGGCAAGUCUCGAUGUCAAGGUCGAGACGCUCACCAACUUCAUCACGUCGGCCAAGUUCGGCAUGAUGACGACGCGUGAUCCCAGUUCCGGCAAGCUAAUCUCGAGAUGCAUGGCCCUCGCCGGAAAGGAAGCCGGCGGUCUCGACCUCCUCUUCGUCACAAACACAGAGUCCCAUAAGACGGACGAGUUGAAGGCCGAUUCCCACAUCAACAUCUCCUUCCUCGAUAGUUCGGGACAGUGGGCCUCCAUUGCGGGCACUAGCAGCAUCGAGACGGGCCAUGACCAAGUCAAGAAGCUUUACAGCCCUGCACUCAAGGCGUGGCUCGGAGAUCUUGGCGAUGGCAAGCACGAUGGCUCCGAGAACGAUCCCCGGAUCGGCGUCAUCCGCGUUAAGACCGAUUCUGUAACUUACGCCGUCACGGACAAAACUUUCGUUACCCGGGCGGUUGAGGUGGCCAAGGGAGCUGUGACUGGCGAGGUGGCUUCGGUGAACAAAUUGAGAGAAAUUAGCGAGAGCGAGGUUCAGCAAUGGCGUGCGGUACACUAA